GCGCACAUGUGUGUGUCCGGAGCCUCCGUGUGAAGUGACGUCAGCAGAGCUCCCUGUGGAAGUUGUGUAGUUGUGUGUGAGUGUGUCAGCAGCCAGAGAGGGAGCUCACAGUCUGGUCCUGCACAUAGCGGUCCCGGGCUCUUUCCCUGCAGCCGCCGCUCCGUGUGUAUGAGACGACGCUGAACGCGCAGACUUUGGCGCAUUUUGUCUGCGGGACGAUGGCAGCUCAGUGCGACUCCAUGAGCGGAUACAUGAACCAGUCAGACCCGGGCUCCAACAGCGAGAGAAGCACCGACUCCCCGCUACCGGGCUCCGAGGACGACUCUCCCGCUCCCCAUGACCCGGAGUGGGGCGAAGAGAGGUUCCGAGUGGAUAGGAAGAAGCUGGAGACCAUGUUACAAGCAGCAGCAGAAGGAAAAGGCAAAAGUGGUGAAGAUUUCUUUCAGAAGAUUAUGGAAGAAACAAACACACAGAUCGCUUGGCCAUCUAAACUAAAGAUAGGAGCAAAGUCAAAAAAAGACCCACAUAUAAAGGUAUCUGGCAAGAAAGAAAAUGUGAAAGAAGCCAAGGAAAGGAUUAUGUCAGUACUAGAUACGAAGAGUAACAGAGUUACUUUGAAAAUGGAUGUGUCCCAUACUGAGCACUCACAUGUAAUUGGUAAAGGUGGCAACAACAUCAAAAAGGUAAUGGAGGAAACUGGUUGCCACAUACAUUUUCCGGAUUCAAACCGAAACAAUCAAGCAGAGAAAAGUAACCAGGUGUCAAUUGCUGGGCAGCCUGCUGGAGUAGAGUCUGCAAGAGUAAGAAUACGUGAGUUGCUGCCGUUGGUGUUAAUGUUUGAUCUGCCCAUAGCUGGUAUUCUUCAGCCUAUUCCCGAUCCAAACUCUCCCACAAUCCAGCACAUCUCCCAAACCUACAACAUUACAGUUUCAUUUAAGCAACGCUCCAGAGUAUACGGUGCUACCGUAAUCGUAAGAGGGUCCCAGAAUAACACCAGUGCUGUUAAGGAAGGCACUGCCCUUUUGCUGGAACAUCUUGCAGGUAGUCUUGCCAAUGCUAUACCUGUCAGCACACAAUUGGAUAUAGCUGCUCAACAUCACCUGUUUAUGAUGGGGAGAAAUGGUGGCAACAUCAAACACAUUAUGCAACGAACUGGUGCCCAAAUUCAUUUCCCAGAUCCCAAUAACCCUCUGAAGAAGUCCACAGUCUACCUCCAAGGCACCAUUGAAUCGGUCUGCCUGGCCAGACAGUAUCUCAUGGGUUGUCUCCCACUAGUUUUGAUGUUUGACAUGAAAGAAGAGAUUGAUGUAGAGCCACAGAAUAUAAAUCACCUCAUGGAGCAGUUAGAUGUCUUCAUCAGCAUAAAACCAAAGCCAAAGCAGCCAAGUAAAUCAGUGAUUGUUAAAAGUGUGGAACGAAAUGCCUUAAAUAUGUAUGAAGCCCGAAAGUGCCUUCUUGGACUUGACAGCAGUGGAGUAGCCAUUACAAGCCAGUCUACGUUAUCUUGUCCAAUGCCUUAUCAUGGACUUGAUAUCCUUACAGCAGGUUUGGGACUUACUGGAUUAGGUCUUCUGGGCCCCAAUGCUCUCUCAGCCAAUUCCUCCACAGCCCAAAAUACUCUUCUGAAUGCCCUAAACAGUUCUGUCAGUCCCCUGCACAGCCCCAGUUCUGCUGCACCAAGUCCGACACUGUGGGCCACUUCACUAGCUAACUCCACCAAUGCUGCAGGGUUUUCUGCAAUACCACAUUUGAUGGUGCCCUCUGCUGCACAAGCCACGUUAACUAGCUUUCUCCUAUCUGGGGUGCCCAACUAUGGUCAGAAUACCCCAUCCCCACCUCCUGGACUGACACCAGUUGACGUUCACAUGAAUGGAAUGCACUCUGAUUGCAAGAAAGUAGCAUCUGCAUUAAAUGGUCAUGUGAAAACAAACAUGAAAUAUGGCACAAUAUCUACAUCAUCUCUAGGAGACAAAGUGAUGAGCUCACACCUACCUGAAUCAUCUAGACAGUCAAACAGUCGCAGCUCGCCUGACCAAACAAGCACUAAGUCGGAUUCAGAAGGAUGUAAUGAUGCAUUUGUAGAAGUAGGAAUGCCAAGAAGUCCAUCGCAUUCAGCAAAUACAAAUGAUCUCAAACAAAUGCUGAACUCUGCCAAAGUAACCUGUACAAAAAGACAGACAGUAGAAUUAUUACAGGGCACAAAGAAUUCUCACUUACAUAGUACAGAACGAUUACUCUCUGAUUCAGAAAUGAGCUCUCCUGAAGGUCCCGUCACUGACAAGAAGGCCCCAGGAAGUGAACGAGCAGCCGAACGAGCCGCACAACAGAAUUCUGAAAGGGUACGACUCACUUCACAGUCAUCAUACACUAGUAUGCAGGCCUAUGACUAUGAACAAAAGAAGCUGUUAGCAACAAAAGCAAUGUUAAAGAAGCCAGUUGUAACAGAAGUGAGGACACCUACAAACACCUGGAGUGGACUGGGCUUCUCAAAAUCUAUGCCAGCAGAAACCAUUAAAGAACUGAGACGAGCCAACCAUGUGUCAUACAAGCCGACCAUGAGUACAACAUAUGAGGCACCUUCGAUGUGUCUCUCACGGUCUAACAGCCGAGAACAACUUGGAAAUAGCAGUGACUCUGAAAACUGGAGGGAUAGGAACGGGAUUGACUCAUCUCAUAAUGACUACUCUUCAUCUAUUGGAAGUCCCAAGAGGAAGCAGAAUAAAUCUGCAGAACACUAUCUGAGCAGCAGCAAUUACAUGGACUGCAUCUCUUCUCUAACUGGAAGCAAUGGAUGUAAUCUGAAUAGUUCAUUCAAAGGGUCUGAUCUCCCUGAACUGUUCAGCAAGCUUGGACUGGGAAAAUAUACUGACAUCUUUCAGCAACAAGAGAUUGAUCUACAGACAUUUCUCACAUUGACCGAUCAGGACUUAAAGGAGCUUGGCAUAACGACAUUUGGUGCACGAAGGAAAAUGCUGCUGGCUAUCUCGGAACUGAAUAAAAACAGAAGAAAGUUGUUUGAGCCAACCAAUAUCCGAUCUUCCUUCUUGGAGGGAGGAGCAAGUGGGAGGCUUCCACGCCAGUAUCACACAGACAUUGCCAGUGUCAGUGGUCGCUGGUAGCAGUCAGCAAGAUCUCUUGAUCAUAAGUGCAGAAAAAUCAUGGUUGACCUGCGGACAAACAGUUACAUAUUCAUUUUUUUUACAUUUUUUUUUAUUCCAUCAGCACUUUAACGUCAAGGUACCACGGACCAAAGCAAAGUGUUCACACAAGUACUUGUUCAGAACACCAAAUGUGGGAUAUGUGUAUUUUUUUGACUAUGUAGACUGGACCGAAAUGCAAUAGCAGGAAAAAGAAAAGUUUAAUGGUUUUAUGUUUUAGUAUUUUAUGUAUAACUAUAUUGUAUGCACUGAAAUUUUACCUUUACUGAAUGAAGAAUUAAUCUCUCAGAUCUUCGAGGGCAUGACAUAAUGGUUUUAUUGUGAAGGAAUUUUCUAGUACGCCGUAGUAGUAAUAAUCAGACAUUUCUGCACUUUACAUCCUCCUAACUGUGUCUCCUGUGGAAACUUCAUUCUCUCCUCUUCCUCCAUGUAAACUGUUAUCACUUAUCACAACAUAACCUGAUCCAUUUACAGCAGCAACAAUUCAUCCUCUGUAAGUAUUGUGAAGUAUUUCUAUGAUGCCAAUGUAAGCUGGAAACUGAGAACCAUUUGGCAAUUACUGGUAGAUGAGACACAUUUUUUUUAUUAUUAUUCUGUUAUUUAAUAUUCUCUGAACGCUUACAAUGAAACAAGUUCACUGUAACAGAUGAAAGGACCAGGGUGGACUUUGUAGCUAGAACUUCUUCUCUUUGCACUCAUCCCCAGAAUGACAAUGCAAACUAAGCAGGAGAUGAAUAAUGCAUGUAAUUACAUUAAAGGAAAGCUGUCACAUGUUUUCUCCCGACUAUCCACAGGUACUGAUGGAUAGUG